GUCAGUGAUGAUGGGGAUUUACGCUCGGCUCUUGGCAUGUAUACUGUAAAACGUUACUUUUGAAUGUACUAAUGUCGAAAAUGGCGGGGAUUCGGAGAAAAAAUGGAAAAUAUCAUUGGAUGAGUCCCGCUGUCGGGUGUUCCCGCCUGCGGCAGGUCCAGUCACUACUGAGGGAUGGCGGAAAGGCCACCCCAGACGGGAUUCUCUGCACUCUAGGCAUUGACAGCAGGUACAACGAGGGCUGUAGUGAGUUGGCCAAUUACCUGUUCUUUGGCUUAUACAGCCAGAGCCACCUGGACCUGGACCGCUUUUGUGAGGAGUUCCCUGAAGAAGUCCUGGAUGAUGUGAUCCUGCUGAUUAAGGCGGAGAGCAUUCACCUAUACUGUAAUCCAGUCAACUACGGCUCCCUGCUGCCCUAUGUGUCCCACUGGAGGAACCUGCACCUGUACUGCAUGAAUGACGCUGAGUAUGAAGAUGAGGAGGCGGCCGAGGAGUUCAAGAUCUCCAGCUUUGUGAACAUGGUGCAGGACUGCGGCCGCAUUGGAGUGCCCUACAGCUCCCAGGGACACACACAGAAGUUUGAUAUGUUUGUGGUGGAGAAGUGGCCCAUCAUCCAGGCUUUUGCCCUGGAGGGAAUUGGAGGAGGAGGGUUUUUCACCAUGAAACACAAGCUAGUUGAUAUGAGUGAGAAGCUGUGGCAGAUUUACAACAGAAUGGACCCUGUCUCCCUGGAGAUCCUACUGACAGAGGGGCUGGUGGGGUUUGAGAAACAGUGGGCCAGCUUCUUCUCAAGCUUCGACAUGGAGAGCCUCUCCUCCAUUUUGGAGCUCUCUGAAGCACAGGCCGUGGAACCCUUCCGCAGCUAUUUCUCCCAUGGUCUCAUAUCCAGCCACAUCACUGACAAAAGUAAAAGCCAGCAGCCAUUCGUGCUCUUCGGCAGCCACUCCUCCCAAGAUGACCUGGAGAGCUACUGCUUCACUUUUCCCUCAGAGGGGCACCAGGUCCGCAACACGGGCAUCCGGGGGACCCCAGCCAAGCACAUGCUCAUACAGUGUGUGGCACCCAAGGCACCUUUGACGUGUGCUCGGACCUACUUCUUUGGCACCACCCACAUCCCCUACCUAGGGAAGGAUAAUGAAAAACACAAGAAGACAGAAUUGAUGCUUUUGUCUCAGCUAUAUAAAGCAACCGUUGAAGCUGUGCUUGCAGGCAUCAAGUGCUACUCCUGUACUCACAGUACUGCUAAGGCCAAGGAUGUAGCAGAGCACACAUUCCAGUUGGCCCUGGACUUAUUCAAUCUGACCCAGUAUAAGAACGCUUUGAGAUCCAAAAUGGCAUUCAGUAUCCAGGCCAUGAAUAACGAGGGAAGAAUCAUUCCUUUAGGGAACAAGGAGAGCAGGUUUCUGGUGAAAACAGCCUCCAUGGCAGUGUAUGACAUUCCAGACCUGCAGUGUGGGAGGGGGAACCUGGGUUCUGUCGUCUUCUCUGAGUCCUUCCUGGAAUCCACAGUUUACAUCCAGGAGCAAGAUGGCAGUGUUUCUUCAGACAGCUGCUUCACCAUCCUGACGGCUGCCAUCCCACGCUACAUCUCCUGGCUGGUAGAGGAGUCGGAUGUGAAGCUCUCAGAACAGGCCCAGAAGCUGUUGAAGGAGGAGGAGGACACGUGCUUGGGCACUCCUCUGUCAGUGGGUGAGACAGCCCUGGUUUUCUCCAGCAGCCUGCUGUCUGCCCCUGAGGAAGGGAAAAUCAGCUUCUUCUCAGAGGGCAUCCUCUUUGUCCAUCCCCACUAUGGCAGCGUAACCCUGUCCAACAUUCUCAUCAGCGCUCUCAAAUUCUGUGACGGGGAGUCCUCCAGCACCGUUGCCUGUCUGUUUGUGGAGUACGAGCCCGCCCUGCUGCCCCACCUGCCCUUUCAGCUCCACAGUGCCUCCCGAUGCCUGGCCUUCGCACUGCAACCCAAGUCCAAGAGCUACAGGAACUUUUAUUCAAAGGUGCUGGCAGUAUGGCACCAGGUCUCUGAUGCAGGGUUGGUCUUGCAGCUGGUCACCAGUGAACAGCUCACUCCAGAGCAAAGGAACAUGCACUCCCGAAUGGACAGGCUGCACGAGAGCCACGCCCUCCCACCAUCUGAGCGCAGAGACCACCUGAAUGCAGUGUGCGCUCAGCUACCUGAGCUAGACAUGUUCCUGCAGCACAUGGCUCUCAGCAGUGUGGGUCAGGAGUCCCUGCAGAGCACUCACCUGGAGGAGCUGUUCCCUGAGAGAGAGCCAUCCGCCCUCCUGCAGGACCAGGCCAACAAGAUUGUCAUCACUGUGAUCACCGGGUUGCCAGGGAGCCACAAGGACAGCCUCUGCAACUUCCUGGUCAGCCUGAAUAAGGAGUAUGGCAGGUGGGCGGUGUACCGCCCCAGCCGGGACAGCGGUGACUCAUUCAGCAGGACGCAUCUCCAGCGAUACCUGUCUUCCCUCUUAGAGAGUCAAAGGGGCCGCGGAGCCCGCCACUCUGCCCUGACCAGACGCAACCUCCGCCUGCUGCUGCUCACGCCAGGGUACACAGAUGUUGUGGAGGUGGUGCAGGCUGUGCUCACCCACCCGGACCCUGGAACGCAAGAGAGCUUCAGCAUUGGCGCCAUCGCUGCCUGUGUGGACCCACUCAGCUGCUACAUGGAACACAGGUUUCUUUUCCCAAAGCUCCUAGAGCAGUGUAGUCAGGGCAUGGUGAGCUGUGUGGUGUUCACGGGUCUGACUGGGGAACAGAGGCACCCCUUCCUGCACCAAGUCCAGCAGCUGAUCCGAGCAGCCAACCCAGGCGCAGCCUUCGUCCUUGCAGAGAAAGGCGCCGUAACCAGGAAUGAGGAUGUGGAGCUGAUUCUGUCAGAAAGCAGCUUCUCUGAGCCCCAGAUGCUGAGAGCGCGCUAUCUGCUGUACCCCGGCUGGUGUGAGGGGAAAUUCAGCACAGGUGUGUCAUCCCCCACCAUGAGUCAGGAGUGUGUGCUGUUCAGUCGACCCCUGGAGAAGCCCCUGUUCAUGGCGCGAUGCAAAGCAUUGAAAUCAUCACUGAGAGCAAAUCCUUUCAACGGAAACGUGUACAACAUUUGGGGCCGUGUCAGAUUCUCUGAUUCACCACAGCUGAUGGAGGUGAGCUACACUGCGAACAGCGGGGCCCUGAGCAUGGUGCCUGCACAGGAGGGGCCCAACCCCCCCCCCUCAGGCUGGCGACCCCGCCAUGGCCCCCAUGACUGCUUCCUGCUGUUCUACGGUGUGGGUCUCACCCAGGAGGGGCUGAAGAACUGGCUCCGCCAGUGUGCUAAGCAGAAAGCCAUGAAGAGGCCCAAGAAGACGCACGAGACUCUGACCCUGCAGGAAAUCAAGGCCAUUCACGUGAAGAGGCACCUGGACCCCUUGCCAUCAGGUUAUUUCUACAAUGGACACCAAUUUGUCAACUUCUUUGGAGAGAAAAUGAACUUCCAUCCAUUGAUGGAGCAAUUCAUUGAUGAGUAUGUGGAAGAAGCCAACAAGGAGAUCGAGCGCUUCAACCGCGAGCUGGACAUGCAGGGCCAGGCUGACCUCUUUGACCCCUAGGGUCUCCGCCCACUCCACAAGUCACCCCAUCCAGGGAGGGGGGGAGGGGGAGGGAGGGUGAAGGUCUUCACUAUAAGGGUACACUGUGUACGGACCUGGGGUCAACAUUAUCCAUGGUGGGAUCACUAGGGGCAAUGUCCACUGCACCAUAUAGACUUGCCACCUGCAGACCUGGGGUCAUCAUAUCCAUAAGGGGGUGACACUAAGGGAACUGUCCACUGCACUGCAGUCAUGCCACCCAUAAACCUGAGGUCAGCAUUAUCCACAAGGGGAACACUAAGGGCAAUGCCCUCUGCAUUGAAAAGACAUUCCAUCCACAGACCUGGGAUCAGCAUGAUCUAUGAGGGGAAUGCUGAGGGUAGUGUCCGCUGCACCAUGUAGACACAGCAUCCACAGACCUGGGACCAGUAAUAUUCACAAGGUGAACACUGGACAAGCAUGUGAGAGAUCCUGAACUGACCACCACCUAUUGCUUUGAUGAACUGCAUUUUUACAUGUUUGUAAAGUUACAUUUUUAUGACUUUGUCGCAGAGCGCUUUAUGAUAGAAAGGAAAAACUUGACAAACAGAGGCUGAAGUAUUCAAAUCCACCGAGGAGAGAUUCCAGAACCGUGUAUCAGAGUCUCCAGAAAGGAAAUUAUGUGCCGAUGUAUAGAUUAAAGGACGUUGUAAAAACAGCAACGCUAAACCCAGAGAAGCAGACUCAGCCUUCCACAGAUGGAAUCAGCAGCAACACUGCAGAGCCAGAGUAACAGGAGUACACUGAGCCCGACCUGAACUGGGAUGGGCAGGAUCCCCUCUGUGUGAGUACUGUAAAUAAUGUCUCUGUGAAUAUCAUGAGUCAGGCUCUAAAGGCAGUCCAGCUUAUGAGCUGUUUGUGAUGUAAUGUACACAUGUUGGAUUAAAGGCCUGCUUUGGUUUUUCUGGCACUUUGGCAAGCCACAGGGUGCCAACCCAAAGGCCUCUGAUAGAUUUUCUGAUGAUUCUAAUGAUUCCUGAAUUCCUUGAGGCUGGACAGAUUCGUGAACAUUCCUCUGAAGCAGUGACACGUUAUUGCCCGUCGACGUCCUUAUGUAAAUAAUCACUCGCCGAUAGCCUCAAAGCUAGGAGCACUGUUCUGGCAAAGUAUGCAGUGCAACAGGUCACACUCUGAGGUCAGGUCUGGAUCUCUCAUCUUGGUGUCCCACACAGCUAGAUGCCUCACACAUGUAGCACACAUCAAAUGAGAAAGUAUCAUGGGGAAAAAAGCAAUGUUUCACACAGCCAUGGGAAUAGCUGUAGAGAACACUCUGCAGCUUCCAGCACAGCCUCUUCAGGUAGUUCCAGUCAAAUAAAAACAGUUCCCCUCUGAACGGUCCCAGAGCAGCUCAUCUCAUGUCCGGACCACUUGGGUUUGAUGUGGGUGGGAGAGGGUGGGCUUGCUUGGGUUAGGCUUGGGCUGGGUCGGUCAGCUGGAGUCGAGGGUGUCCGAAUUCCGGCGUUCUCUGGGAGCGCCCAAACAGUGUAGUCCAUUGCAGCAGUAGAAGAGGUUGCGGUCAUGCUGAGGCCAACCGCAUCGCUUGUCCUAUGCAUGAAUAGUGCUUGUGUCCUUAUAUAAGCGCCUGUACGGCUAACAUAGCUAGUCGCGCUGGCAGGAGGGGGUCAUCUGUGUUUGAACAGCUGAGCACAAAACUAGUAAGUAAAAGGUAACAUCCCAAAUGGUGCUGUCCUAAGGACAAAUCUUCCUUCACCCUUGGCUUUUUGUUCUAAGAGCUGGCUUUGCAAUGAGUAGACGACUUACAAUGGGUUUGGUAUGAAUAGAUGAAUAACAACGGUUUUGCUAUGAGGAGAUGAGUUAUGACAGCUUUGCUGUCUGAUCCAGUCUCCCCUCCAAAACAGUCACUUAUCCACACCUCAGAGUGCACGGUCAACGUUCUUGAUGCUCAAAGGCAAUUGGAGAAUUACCAAAUCACUGAGGAUACACAGCACAGACCAUAACUUGAACAGCUCUCAGGUCAUCCCCAGGCAGCUCUCUGCCAGCUUCCCUUUGGUCUGGAAUACGAUUCUGGUUUUAUUAAGCCUAAGACACCAUGUGUGCAAAUUUGCAAAUCAACCAAAACAAAGACUUCAAUGUGUUAACAUGGAAGCAUAGGAUACAGGAUAUGAUAUAGGAGUAAACGGCAAAGCAGAUUUUCUGUUCUGAGGAUGUCCUCCUACCUUAAGCCUCCCCCCUGCCACCUGGCACAGCUGGGAAUACAGCAGAGUUCUCGCUGAAAUGCCUGAGAUGCGGAGCGCAGGGACUCUGCCUUUGAUGCACAGGAGGAUCAUCUCGCUUGCAAGGGAGCCAGGAAGAUUUCACCAUGAAACUAAUUAAAUGAAAGCCACUGGAGACGAGCUUCCAGGAGGAGGCAAUUAAAAAAAAAAAAAAAAA